CCUCGCUCUGUCUUAUACUUACCUAUAGGAAUUAUUUUUUGGGUGAAAAACAGCUGCUUCUUCCUGCUGAUGUUGGCAUCCGGAAUAUAGCAACAGCGUUUCCUUUCACUCAUCAUGUGUCCAUGGCUCUCAAGGUCAAAACUGCUGAAACCAAGGUUGUUCUGGUGAACCUGUUGAUAUGCAUGGUAGUUUUCUACACUGUCUACUAUGUGGUCCUAUCUGUGUGCUUUGCAGUAUUCAAGAUUAAAAUGUUGGAUGGUUUGGCACCUUUUGAUUUUAAGACAAAUCCCUCAUGGAUUAACCCAUAUUAUUUAGUUCUUGUGAUAUCAUUGGAAAUAACUUUCUUCAUUUGUGGUCUGCUCUUUGCCCUGGUUGUGGAAGAAUGGGUUUGGGAUUACGCUGUAACAGUUACUAUUGUUCAUAUCAUCAUAACUUCAGUCGUUAUGUCUGAAUUCCCCCUGAUGUUACACUGGUGGCUGGCAUUAGGAUCUGGAGUAAUUUCAAUGAUUUGUGGAGGACAGAUUUUGGCAUACUGCUUGUUCAAAGACAACUUCAUUUAUCCCAUUCUAGACGAUUUUUGAAAAGCUGCAUUAGAACUUGCCUUUGUAUUCACAUAAAUUAUAUGGUUACAUUAACAACAUAAUUAAAAUGAAGUUAGCAACUGUCUAAUUGUAAGGCUAAUAUUUAGCUAACCACACCUCUUGUAUCCUACAUUUGUUUGCAAGUGUCAAUGUCAUGACUUUCAGCUGUGGUAUGUAAUCACUUUUGGCUUUUGUAUGUACAUUUUCCAUUAAGCAAAUAAUUAGAUAAACUGUCUCUUUUAAAAAAACAAAUAAACCAUAAGGAGGGUAAGAACAAUGAUGCAAGACUUUUGCAAAAUCCUACAAGGAAAAAACAGAUUUGAAUUUAGUGUUUUCAGGGUGCUUGUUAUCUAUUGUAUUUUAAGAAAUGCUGACUAGUUUAGGCUGGAGUCUGAUCUUCCACAAGCACUGCGAAAAAAAGUCACCCUAUCUGGUACAGAUCACUGUAGUUUUAACACAGUCUUUACUGGCAAACCCAGGCAAAGAAGAACCCCUCAACAGCACAUAGCUUUUAAUCUUCAAGCUCUCACCUAGAUGCUGACCAAGACAACAGCAGGCGGACUUACAGUCCCCAGUGUUUGGUUGACCCUUUUGCUUCCAGGGAUGCUACAGACAAAUGCUUUCUACAAUGGCUUCAGGCUAUUCUGUCAUUUUCUAAUGAUCCAUUCGUGGCCACGCUGCACUGGAACAAGGAAAGGCAAAUGCUACCGAAAGCCACAUUUUACUUAUCGCUUUCUCUCUCCCCGAGCUGCAUGUGGCCAAUGCCAAAGUGUGAGUCUGUGGGCAGUGGUAAUGAAAAAACAACAGACAAACCACACUAGCAGCUUCAAGUAACUCUUUAUCUCUCUAACCAUAAUGAAAUUGUAACAGGAAAAUUGCUGGAAGGCAACUUUAUCUUAAAUACAAUACCAGUGAUUGGAUUUUAACUGCAGUUUGCUCAGAAGAGCAAGACUGGAUUGUUGUUUGGACAGGAGUGCUAAAUGUUGCAUUUGCCUUAAUCUUACUCAACAGAUAAUGCCUCUGAAGAAUCUGUCCCAUUCAUCUAAUAAAACACCUCAAAAUUUAUUGCAAGUUUUAAAAUCUUCAAUUAAGUUUCAAUACUGACAAUAUAUAGAUGGCCAGAAGCAUGUUUCAAAAGAAUUGCAAAAGAAUGAGCUUGUGUCUCAUGAAUGACAGAUAUGUGAGUCAUUUUAGAGACAAACCAGGUAUGUAAAUCCAUAACACUGAAUAGACAUACACUUUCUAAGUUGUUCUGCAUAAUAUGCUGUGAACUAAAGUCAGCAAAGAGAAUUCUGGAGAGCGAAUGAACUGACCCACAGUGAUCACUGAUCUGAGCCGUGGACCAGUUUUAGUUUGAUUAAUUUCUGUCUUCAUAAACAUUAGUGUGCAGAUAACUGACUGGUUUUAUGUGUUCAAAAAACAUUCAGAAAUUUCUUCCAGAUUCAGUUCAGAACUAUAAAAAUGGAUGGGAAGGAAGUAUUGUCUAAUGUAAAUUCAUACCUCUGUCCUUGUCCUCACACAGUUUGUGUGUGUGGGUAGUGUGCCAUGUGGCAGAACAUAAGUGGAUCAGAUAAAAAGUUAAUCCAUGGGUGGAACAAGUUUCUAUUUUUAACCUGGCAGGAUUUUCCUCUGUGUGUCAGCCCAGCUGCAGCUUGUAAUAGCUCUGUUGCCCAGUCUUGGCAUUUUAAACUUCUGUUUUCUAUUUAAAAUCUUAAAUCACCAGUGGGAGAUCCCUUCAGACUGAUAUGAAGAGUGCUUUAGACCCAGGAUUUCUCCAAAGCAUGUAUAACUAGGCCAGUGCUAGAAAAACAAUCACAACAAUAACUGUAUUGAGGAUUAAAAGCCUUAGCCCAGCUAUUAAAGCAUCAUUAGCUUUUUGCAUUACUUUCAGAUAUGGAAUGGUGAGACAAUUUCAAUGUUAUGUAUUUCAUCCUUUCCAUCACUUUUACAUAUAGUACCAAUAAUAAAUAUUACACAUGAUACUCAAAAUGUAGACAAAGUUCAUAUUAUACAAAUAAAUAUUCAUCAUGCAAGCAA